ACAAAAAUGGCGCAUUCAGUGGUCUCCCCAUCGCCGCCUGCUUCUCUUAGACUACUCAACCCUUAUUCGGUCUUCUCUUCCUCUAACCCUAGCUCCUUUCCAGAUACCAAAACCCUUUCUCUCUCCUCCAACCCCAGACACUUGAAAAACCUCAUUGAAUAUCAACGGAAUGUUCGUAAUUCUUCAGUGAAGGCCAUAUCAUAUGAUAACUUUGGCAAGAAGGAGAGGAAACGGAAUGGUAUUUGGUCCAUUAGGGAUGAUUUGCAUACCCCAUCUUCACCAUACUUUCCAGUUCAUGCGCAAUGGGAAGGAGUCGAAGGACCGCCGCUUAUGUUGCAAGAGCGUUUUUUCAAUGUUAUCAGUCAGCUUUUUGAGCAUAGGAUAAUACGUUGUGGCGGAGAAGUUGAAGAUUACAUGGCAAAUAUGAUAGUUGCUCAGCUUCUCUAUCUCGACGCUGUCGAUCCUAAAAAGGAUAUUGUCAUGUAUGUGAAUUCUCCUGGAGGAUCAGUUACUGCUGGUAUGGCUAUUUAUGACACAAUGAGGCAUAUACGACCUGAUGUUUCCACUGUAUGUGUUGGACUAGCUGCUAGCAUGGGAGCUUUCAUUCUUAGCGCUGGCACCAAAGGAAAAAGGUUUAGCCUGCCAAUGUCGAGGAUAAUGAUCCAUCAGCCUAUGGGUGAAAUUGAAGAUGGUGAUAUAGAAGAUAUGGAGAUCCAGUGGGCUGAAAUUUUACAUCACAAGGCAAAUUUGUCCGGGUAUCUGGCUUAUCAUACUGGCCAAAGCUACGAGAAGGUCACCGAGGACACAGACCGUGAUUUCUUUAUGAGUGCUGAAGAAGCCCGAGAUUAUGGGCUUAUAGAUGGAGUUAUCACGAAUCCUAAUGAUCUGCUGUCUCUGGGAGCUGCUGCAAAUCUAUAGACAAAAUCUUGGGUGUGUGAACCUCCCUUGUAGUCACUGUUGCAUUAAAUGGGAUAAUAGUAUGAGAAAAUUGUUGGAAUUCCAUGGGAUUAUCAUGGUAUUUGUAACAGGUUUGUACUGAUCAUAAUUGUGUGCACCUUCGAUCAGUGCAUGGAAAUGAGCUUUUGCAGUUCUGUAUCCAAAAUUCCUAACUUAUCUUGAGAUAGAGCGACUGAAGUUUGACUUGGUGUGA